AUGUCCAACUACGCCGUCUCCGGUCCAAACAAAUCCUACAAGAGCUCUCCACACGUCUCUGCGAUUAAGCCGAGGUAUAUUCCUCUCGUCGCAGCUGUCGGUCUUGGAGUGGCCUCAUACAACUACCUCAACGCCGCCAAAUCCAAGCACGAGACCAUGAUGGCCGAAGAACAGAAGCGACUCCAGAAGAAUCAACAGUUAUUGGAUGCUUAUGGGAGGAAAGAUAGUCUGACCGACGUUCAACAGGCUCUAGAUGCCUACGUGAGUCGGUGA